AGUGAGACAAUUAGUAUUAUUACCGCACCACCCUUUCUGGCGGGGGGGAGGGGAGGGGGAAUGCGGGGGAAUGGGGCAGGGGGAGGGGACGUCCCCGGCUGCCUCGGCGCUUCCUCACCCCUCGGAGCCGCUGGAAUUUUCCACAGUCACCAAAUAAGGGUAACCAGCGCCCGAGCGCGCGCCCUCUGCGCGCUUAACCGUGACAUCUGCCAUCGGACUCAGCUUUCCAGAAGGACCGCGGACACCGCCCCCCCGAGGCUCUCCCCCCUUUCUGCUGGUCGGGUCCAGGCACCCGCGCACCCGCCCCACCUCCGCCUGUCGUCCCCUCCCCGCCCCUCACUCCUUUCCGAGCAGCCCCAAGCCCCGUCAGCAGCCCGUGGGUACCGGGCUCCGCUCACUCGCUGCACCCCCUGCCAAUCAAGCGAACGUCGGGCGACCCCGCCUUUGGGCCGCUUGGAGGCGGUGGAAAAGAGCCUGGACUGGUGGGGUCGCGAGCCCAACGCCCCUCCCCAGACCCGUCCCGACAGCGCGAGACUCGGACUACCAGGCCCGCCGGGGAAGGAGGGCGGGGCGCGCGGGGGGGGUCGGGGUGGGUUGGGGCGGGGGGCUCAUUUGCAUAACGGACGCCUUCCUGCCUCCUCGCGCCGGCUCAAGUCCCGCCCCACGCCCUGCUUGAAAUCUGUUGGGCCACCGGCCCAUCACUCCGGCCGAGGAAAGCCUGUGGCACCGGCUGGAAGGUCAGGAUGUCUGCGCGGGGCCCCGCCAUCGGGAUUGACCUGGGCACCACUUACUCGUGCGUGGGCGUUUUCCAGCACGGGAAAGUGGAGAUCAUCGCCAACGACCAGGGCAACCGCACCACCCCGAGCUAUGUGGCCUUCACGGACACCGAGCGCCUCAUCGGCGACGCCGCCAAGAACCAGGUGGCCAUGAACCCCACCAACACCAUCUUCGACGCCAAGCGGCUCAUCGGGCGCAAGUUUGAAGACGCGACGGUGCAGUCGGACAUGAAACACUGGCCAUUCCGGGUGGUGAGCGAGGGCGGGAAGCCGAAAGUGCAGGUGGAGUACAAGGGGGAGAUUAAGACCUUUUUCCCGGAGGAGAUCUCCUCCAUGGUCCUGACGAAGAUGAAGGAGAUCGCCGAGGCUUAUCUGGGCGGGAAGGUGCAGAGCGCAGUCAUCACGGUCCCGGCCUAUUUCAACGACUCGCAGCGCCAGGCCACCAAGGACGCCGGCACCAUCACCGGCCUCAACGUCCUGCGGAUCAUCAACGAGCCCACGGCCGCGGCCAUCGCCUACGGCCUGGACAAAAAAGGGAGCGCGGGGGGAGAGAAGAACGUGCUGAUCUUUGACCUGGGGGGCGGCACGUUCGAUGUGUCCAUCCUGACCAUCGAGGACGGCAUCUUCGAGGUGAAGUCGACGGCCGGCGACACCCACCUGGGCGGGGAGGACUUUGACAACCGCAUGGUGAGCCACCUGGCUGAAGAGUUCAAGCGCAAGCACAAGAAAGACAUCGGCCCCAACAAGCGAGCGGUGCGGCGCCUCCGGACCGCCUGCGAGCGGGCGAAGCGCACCCUGAGCUCCUCCACUCAAGCCAGCAUUGAAAUCGACUCACUCUAUGAGGGCGUGGACUUCUACACGUCCAUCACCCGAGCCCGAUUCGAGGAGCUCAACGCCGACCUCUUCCGCGGGACCUUGGAGCCGGUAGAGAAAGCCCUAAGAGAUGCCAAGCUGGACAAGGGACAGAUCCAGGAGAUUGUGCUGGUGGGCGGUUCCACUCGUAUCCCCAAGAUCCAGAAGCUGCUGCAAGAUUUCUUCAAUGGUAAGGAGCUGAACAAGAGCAUAAACCCUGAUGAGGCUGUAGCGUAUGGAGCGGCUGUUCAAGCGGCGAUUCUUAUCGGAGACAAAUCGGAGAAUGUGCAGGACCUCCUCCUACUUGAUGUUACUCCGCUGUCAUUGGGCAUUGAAACCGCAGGUGGAGUGAUGACUCCCUUGAUUAAGAGAAACACCACUAUUCCCACUAAGCAGACCCAGACCUUCACGACUUACUCCGACAACCAGAGCAGUGUCUUAGUGCAGGUGUACGAGGGAGAAAGGGCAAUGACCAAGGACAAUAACCUGCUCGGCAAGUUCGACCUUACAGGUAUCCCUCCGGCUCCCCGUGGGGUGCCCCAAAUCGAGGUAACUUUUGACAUAGACGCCAAUGGCAUUCUCAAUGUCACUGCAGCAGACAAAAGCACCGGCAAAGAGAACAAAAUUACCAUAACUAAUGACAAAGGCCGUCUAAGCAAAGACGAUAUUGACCGGAUGGUACAAGAGGCAGAAAGAUACAAGUCAGAAGAUGAAGCAAAUCGUGAUAGAGUUGCUGCUAAAAACGCAGUGGAGUCAUAUACCUACAACAUAAAGCAGACGGUCGAAGACGAGAAACUGAGGGGCAAGAUAAGCGAACAGGACAAGAACAAGAUCCUGGACAAGUGUCAAGAAGUGAUAAGCUGGCUAGACCGAAACCAAAUGGCAGAAAAAGAUGAGUUUGAACACAAGCAGAGAGAGCUUGAAAGAGUCUGCAAUCCUAUCAUCAGCAAACUUUACCAAGGAGGACCGGGUGGAGGCGGUUCGGGUGCCUCUGGGGGACCAACCAUUGAAGAAGUGGACUAAAACAUGCACUCCCAGUCAACAGCAAACCUUUACCAUUCUCUACACGUUAUUUUUUUUUUCGUUUAUACUUUAAAGUGUCAGUGCCAAGUACAAAGUUUAUUGAAGAAAAUCUUAGCCUGCUGUAUGCAUAUGAAAAGCAAAGGUACAACAACUUAGUUUAGUAAAGGUUAGUUCUAAAGAUUGUUUAUUUAAAAAAACUAAUGUUCAGGGUUUGUCUUUAAUGCAUUUUGUGUGUUUGCUAACUUGAGCAUUUUUUGUUAACACUUACAGUUUGUGCAUGAAGAUUUUGUUUGGGGAGGAAAAAACACCUAUAAAAAAACCGUUUUCCCACCUGUCCUAUGGAAGCUUUGGUAACAAUAAAAUAUUGAGAAGCUUAACCUGCUUAUUUUUUAUGUACUGUUGUUUUUAAGAUUCGAUUCGUUAGCUUAAAAAAUGUUUCUUAAGUUUGUAAGAACAAUUUACAAUCUUAAUAAUGAAUGCCUUAAAUAAUUAUUAGAUACUAGUUGACAAGUUGUCAAUUAUUGUAAAAAGCAAAACUGGUCUCAAAAUAACUAUCUGAUGCUCUCAAA